AUGCUCAUGCGAGAAGACCAAAGCUCUUCGAAUGGCUACCACCCUGCCGAAACCAACCGCGUGGAAGCAGCAACAUCAGACUUCUUGGAAGGCGUGAGAACUAUUCUUGUCACAGGGGCAGCUGGAUUCAUCGGGGGAUGGUUCGUUCGUCGCCUGAUCCAGACCUACGGAGACCGAUACGUGGUCGUAUGCUUCGACAAUCUCGGGUACUGCGCGUCUGUGGACAACUUCCGCGCCGUUCAGCACCUUCCCAACUUCCAUUUUGUCAAAGGGGAUGUGUGUAGUCUCCCCGAUGUUGACAGUGCGUUGCGCAAGUACGCCAUUGACGGCAUUGUCCAUUUCGCUGCGCGUUCCCACGUGGACGCUUCCUUUGACGAUCCGCUUUCCUUCACGCGGACUAAUGUAAUUGGCACUCAGACUCUUCUCGAGGCUGCGAGACAGAUCGGCUCCAUUCGACGGUUCGUCCAUGUCUCCACGGAUGAAGUGUACGGGGAGAACGACGCGUCGGGUCCGCGGGGACUUUCUGCUUUCACAGAGGACGAUACCCUACGCCCCACCAACCCGUAUUCUGCGAGCAAGGCUGCGGCGGAGAUGAUCGUCCAGGCGUAUCGGAAGUCGUUCCACAUGCCGGUGAUGAUCACACGAUGUAACAAUGUGUUCGGGCCAUAUCAGUACCCGGAGAAGCUCAUUCCGAAGUUAAUCAUGCAUCUCCGAAGGGGCCAGAAGAUGCCCAUUCACGGCGAUGGGCAGUGUGCCCGCGCGUUCGUAUUUGCGGCGGAUGCAGCCGAGGCGCUGGACAUGAUUUUCCACCGGGGAGAAGAGGGCGAAACGUACAAUAUUUCUUCAGAAACCCAGCUUCGGGUUCGGGAGGUUGCGGAGAAGAUAUUGGAGGUUAUGUACGGGGAUUGUCAUCAAGACAUUGAGGAGUGGAUCGUGUCUGUUCCGGACCGCCCGUUCAACGACAGCAUGUACUGGACUGAUGAUUCCAAGCUGCGUGCACUGGGGUGGGUGCAGAAGACGGGCUUUGAUGAUGCUCUCGAGGCUACUAUCGAGUGGUUCUGUCGGGAGAGUGAUGGGUUCUGGCCUGAGCUAAGAGGUAUGCAGUGUCAGUCGGGUUCAAUGACACAAUAG